AAUAAACAUGAAAUGUUUUAAAAAUUGAUGUGCAUUAUACAUGAAACGAAUGCAAAAUAUGAAAUUAUAUAAACAGUUUUAUACCUAUACACACUAUUCUAAAUUUUGCAGUGCAUUACUAUUGCAUAGUAAAGUUUUUUUUAUUUAUUUAUUUAUUUUUUUUUACAAAAGGAAAAGUAUUUCCAAGCAGUGGGACUUACAAACCUCACACUUUUAAAUCCAAGCUGGCAGGGGAGCAAAAGGUGCAAUGACAUAAUCGAUAAUACAGUGGCUUAUGUGGCCCUCCUCAGUCAAGCAUUCCUCUUGUUUGUCCGCUCAGGUGAACAGCAGCAUGUUUGUUUCGCCGGUCCCUCCUCCUCCUCCUGCUCCUCCGUCAUGCUGCUUUGCCCCCCAUCCCCCUCCCAUUGGCUGGCAGCCGUCUAAACAGCUCCAGCUGCAAUCACCGCCGCCGCUGCUGCCGCAACGAGCUGCCGGCUAUUCGAUCACCCCCAUCCCGCACAGCCUCCGCCUUCGCCGGUCUGCAAGCUCACGGACCUCUGCCAACACCUCCAUUAUGACGGGCGUCGCGGCUGCCUCCUUCUUCUCCAACGUUUGCCGGUUUGGCGGUUGCGGGCUGCAUUUCGAGUCCCUGGGCGAGCUCAUCGUUCACAUCGAAGAUAACCACAUCGACACAGAUCCCAGAGUUCUGGAGAGGCAGGAGCUGCAGCAGCCCACAUAUGUUGCUCUGAGCUACAUUAAUAGGUUUAUGACUGAAGCGGCACGCAGAGAGCAAGAAACACAGAAGAAGAAGGUCCAACCCAAAAUUGCUAUAUCAGUCACCGGAGGUGUAUCGCGUAACAGUACGGCCACGCCUCCUCGGCAUAGCAACGGCAGCCUGACUCCGCCCGUCACUCCUCCCAUCACACCCUCAUCCUCCUUUCGCAGCAGCACACCCACAGGCAGCGAGUGUGAUGAGGAGGAGGUGGAGUAUGAAGACUCUGACAGCGACGAAUCCUGGACUACAGAAAGUGCCAUCAGCUCAGAGUCCAUCCUCAGCUCCAUGUGCAUGAAUGGGGGCGAUGAGAAACCCUUCGCAUGCCCUGUUCCAGGAUGCAAGAAAAGAUACAAGAAUGUGAAUGGUAUCAAGUACCAUGCUAAAAACGGCCACAGGACGCAGAUCCGUGUGAGAAAGCCCUUCAAGUGUCGCUGUGGGAAAAGCUAUAAAACCUCUCAAGGCCUUAGACAUCACACCAUCAACUUCCACCCACCUCUGUGAUACACACGCCAUCGUUUUCAAGUUUACCUAGUCAUCCUUUCAUUUACAUUUCUGGAUCAUAUGUAAACUGGGAUCAAAUGCUAAUUUCAUUAUUAUUAUUUUUUCUCCUUAUGUAUGCGAUUUUAUAUAUACAUGUAGAUAUACUUGUACAUUUGCACAUUCCAUGUAUAUCAUUUAUUGAUUUUCAAGAUAUUCUUUGUUUCUUUUUUAUUUUUUUGUAUUUAGGUGACACGGUCACUGAUAAAUGAAAAUUACUGUGCUGAAGAUUGGGACACGACAUAAACAUUUCUUUCUGAUUUUAAAAAACUAUUCCGAGAAAAUGCUAUAAAAUCGGAAGAGAUAUGAAAUUCUAGAUAAUUUCUUUUUUUGUUGUUGUUGUUUUUUUUCAUCAAACCUACUUAAAGUGAAAAAUACAGUAGGUGUGUUGAAACGUGUACAUACAAAAUUAUAUAAAGACACAUUUAUAUAUAUUAGUAGCUAAGUUGUAUUAUCCGAACAUUUUAUUUUCCAUUAUAUAUUUUGCAGAACAUUUAUAUUAUGUUUUAUACAAGAACUUUAUCUCAUCUUUAUGGACUUCUUUUUUUAAUUGCAUUUCAUAUUUUUAUUUGCUUUGUAGAAAAGCAGUCUUUUUAUUGUCUGAAUUGGAAGGACAUUGAUCUCAGGUCACAAUACAGCUGCCAACUUUCAGACAAACAGGAAAAAAGUCACUUCCGCUCACGUCGUUCCAGAACAUUCCACACAGAAUAUCAAACGGCUGACAUUACGCAGUGUAAAGUUACCUUUCCAGAUUUCUUUUGCAUGCGGCCGGCAUGCAGGCAGCACCAUCGCUGUGAAAUUAAAUUCUCUGCAUGUGGCCUUCUCCAGACGACUGUAGACAUGCUUUCUGUCCAGUUGCAUUUGAGUUCUGAGCGAUAUUUGACAUAAUAAUCCCUGAACGAAAAAACACCAACAAUAAUCGAGUUUAAAAUGCUUCAAGAAAGACAAAGAAGGGCCGAUUUAUUCAGCCCCGUUCCCCUGCUGUUAUACCAGCAGUGCAGAAGUGCCAAGUUAUUCUUUCCCAACUGAAAAAGAAACAUGGAUGAUCUGCCAAACACACAACGGGUCGCAUCUGGCUAUCCGUUCGGUGCCUGUUAGCGGAGAAGCCUUAAAGAGGACCUAAAUUUCUCUUUGUGUACUCAGCCUUGCAGUAUUUUUUGUCAGUUCUAGCUCGUACGAUCUUGAUUUCGGUCGUUGCUGUUGUUUAUUUUUUAACACGUUUGGAACUGUCCUCGUGGUUGUGUUUGUGUGAACGUAUUUGUUAGCCCUCUGCUUGCCUUGUAUUGUAGGCUACGGCUUGCUAGCAUGACACGACCGCUUAGCUGCUCUGCUGUCUUUUGGCUUGUAGUCUUACUGUUACAAUCUUUGUUGUCGAAAGUAUUAUAUCAUUACUUUAUAUUGUUACUGCUAGUAUUACAGUUCGAUAGUGCCAGAUGCAUAGCUACGCCUGAAUAUAUUUUCUCUUGAACGAUUUUUGCAUCUGUCCUGUUGUCGGCCAAAUAAAGCAUACCACGGUUUACAAAAAAUGUCAAAUGUCUUUAGCAACUUGCUAAGAGCUUAAACCUUUGGUGCAAAGAAGGACCAAGUAAGCUUUCCUAUCCACCAAUCUGUUUUUCCUGGUUAGGGUCGGUCAAAUAAAACAACAUGGACCAAAAAUGGCACUGCCAAAUCUCCAGAUGUGAAGCUUGGAAAAAUAAGGUGCUGUUUAUAGUACAAUGAUGGUAUCCGAUCGUGUUUCCAUGGUAAUUAUAUGGCAUUUUAUGUCCAAAAACAUGGUAAUACACGUACCAAGUGAUGCCAAGAUGGGACACAGAAAUUCAAUGGACAAAUUGUUCCAUAUAUUUGGACCAGGAUCUGUUAUUUAAACAUGAUCAUCUUGGACUGUCGCCAUGAUUUCUUGUAAAAAAAAAAAAAAAAAAAAAAAGAGGCUAGAGGUUGAAUGAACCAUUUCAAUGCCAAAAACUUGAGCUAGGGAAUGAAGGACGUAUUGGAUGCCUACUGCAGAUGACUCACUGUCCUGUUAUUUUCCAAUUCAUCCGGUGUCAUGUUUGUUUUGUAUGUGCGUAUUUUUGGACGCUGUACCAGUAACCGCAUUUGUACCUCUCUUUGGCUACGGAGUCAUUCGGUCUCGGCUUUGACACGCAAACUAGAACCUGUUAAACAUGAUUUUAUUGGAUAGGAUCCGUGUGAUUCCUCACACCUACAAUGUAGUAAUGUGACUGAGAUGCAUUUAUUUUGGAGGGAGUUUGAUAUACUAUAUAGUGAAUGUAUCGUAUUGCAAGUCUUUUGUAAAGUGCUUUUGAAAUUAUAUUUUCGUACUGUAUGUUUUUGUGGAAAACGUUUUGUGGAACCGAGGCAAUUUGUAUGCGAGACGACGUGUAUCGUGUGUGAGUGUUUGUGUGAGCGAAUGAGAGACUCUUGAGACGUCUUUAUCCUCAAGCUGCAAUGUAAACUUUAGGACAAUGGUACAAAAAUAAAGAAAAAGCAGACCAGCGCGUUGCCUGUUUCUCUUUUAUUGUCUAUAGAGUGUUGAUGUAAUGAUCGUUGUGUAAUGACUUGCUGAUACAAGGACAAAUGUUCAGUUGAAUGAACUUAAGCUGUAGCAUUCUUUAUUAAUAAACAUACACUUGAUACACACAAACACAGAGCAACCCUAAGUUAAACUUCCUGGCACACUUACAGUGUGAAGCAUCAGCUUUGUUGGGUAAAUGGAUUUCAAGCAGGAAUGCGUGAUGGAUAUAAUGCUGAAACUGAAUGCAUUUAGUCAUGUUUGAACCAAUGAUGCACUGAAAAGCCAAAUGCACGGCCAUAGUUUUAGCGCACUGGCUCUUUGGAUUGAGAAGCUUGGUUAUUUUAGCUGAGCUUCAAGAAACAGUUCACUUAAAAUCAAAGGUUCUGUCAACAUUAUCAAAUAAGAAAAUUUGGAUUUUUGGAAAGCGCUACUAGUAGAAACAGUGGAGCUUUCAAGCUUCAUAAAUUAAUCGGUUGAGCCACUAAACAAUUCAUUUCACAAACUGGACUCACUCUGUAUGCUUGUUUCUGCCACGAGAAAAAAUAUAUAUCAUAAAUAUUUUUCUUCUCAGAAUUGCGAGUUAAAAUAUGCGGCAAAGCAGGCUUGCAUAAUUCAGGUCAUUUGCUCAACAGUUUUAAACCACUUUUAUAUUUCUACAUACUUUUCUGAAGCUUAAGUCCUGGUUUACAUUUAUCGUUUAAAUAAAUCGAUUUAAAGCACAAAAUUUAAUACGGUUUCAGAACAAAAGGGGGGUGAUUAAAUGAUGACAGAAGGUCUAAUUUUAGGUGAAAUAUCCCUUUAAAUUAGUGUUUUAGUGACUGUGUUUCACACAAGAAAGCAUUCAAUGUCUUUGAGGUAAAAAUUUAAGAGUAAUUUUAGUGGAUUCAUUUCUUUCUGGC